AACACACAGUUCUAAUUGUGACGUGUUUGUGGAAGGACAGAUCACCUCUAUUAAGCGUAGAAGCAGUUUAUUGACUAAAACAGUGUGUUAGAUACCCGAGUGUGUGUACUGAAGGUGUCUCUCAAGGCAUCAGGGAGGGAGUGUGGCCAGAGGUUGUGAGCUGCUGGCGGCUAGGACUCUGUGUGAGUGAAACAGGGGAUGGAAUGUGAUAUUGCAAGUGUGGCGGCGUGUGCAUGUGUUGCUGCCACCCAGGGUCCUGCAGGGCUGGCCUAGACCUGCACACACACACCUGUCCUGCCCCUCUACCACACCAGGUGAGCCACAUCAACCAUUACCUGGGCCAGGAGUGAGGGUCCCCACCCAGCGCGUUCGUCAGUCGGCCGGUGACUGCGGUCGGUGAAGGGUGGGUGUGGUGCGUCAGCCGCCUGUAAACCUCCCCACGAGUGUAGAAAAUAUUCCCAUAGUUAAAUUAUCCUUUUACACUAUAAUGAAGAUCUUUAAACAUAACUACCAUCUAACUUAAAAGACAUGAGAAGUGAUAUUACUGGACGCCUGUGACCUUUGAGAUGAUUAUUGAGUUGUUUAGGAGAAAAUAAUACACGGUUUAGGGACAGCUGGUGGGGCAGAGUUAACGCUAUGGCCAGUGUGUAUAGGGAGACAGUGCACUCAGAGGCGUGUUGUGACUGGGGAGUGACACCUGACCACCGUCCAGUGCAUCGUCUACAUCACCCAGUCAACACGCAGUGAUGGCGUGCGGCAGUGUGUUUGCCACGGAGAGCCAGCUUGGCCGCGACCUCACCGUCCUCGACCCAACCCGCAAUGACCUCACCUCUGAUCUCUCACGGAAGGCGAGGGAUUCUCCUCCCAACUCCAGAUCCACCUCCUACAGGGUGGGCGGCAGCGUACACGAGGCAGUACGGUUCCUGCAGGCUGAGCACGAGGCAGUCCUGCAAGGUCUUCAUCACCAAGUGCAACUCCUCCAGCAACGGUGUGACGACCUACAGUUCGAGGCUCACCUGCGACAUGUGACUCUCACGGAUGAGGAGACUUGGAGGGCGAAUGUGGCUGAGCUCAACAAACUACUGGAUGAACGUACUCAGCGGGUGGUGCAGCUGGAGCAGCAAUUAGCAAACCAGCAAAAACUAUCAGAGGAGGAGCAGGAGCAGCACAGAUGGCGGGAAUUGCAGAUGCAACAGCAGGUGGAGGCAGGGGAACGGCGGGUGGCGGACCUGCGCGGGGAGGUCCACAGACUGAGAGCUCAGGUGCGCGACUUACGAGUCUAUAGUUCUGCAUUACGCACGGUAGGCGCCCGCGCUACCUCCUCUCGCACCACCUCCCGGAGUUCUAACACCACUGCCUUGCGCCCUCUCUCCCGUAACUCCCGUGCCUCUGUUGGCUCUCAGGAGUCUUUAGAAUCUUGUGGGCCACGGAGUCUGGGAUCUGAGGAUGGCGAGGCAGGCUCAUGGCGAGGGGCUCGGCUGGGAGGCGGCACCAGCACCAUCUCAGCCCGAACCUCAAGGUCAGGGAGGGUGCCACUAAACCCUACUCCACGGAACUCCAACUUCUCAUUGCCACCAACACUGGUGUCCCCGCCGCCUUCCUUACCGCCCUUGGCCUCCCUACCACACCCGCGCCCUACCUCCUCCAAUGUUGUGCUACCGCCCAUUGCCACCAGUCAGAGCGUCUCCCGCCACGUCCGUCGUCAACUGCGCCUCGGGUCUGCGCCAGUCCUCGACAUCGACCGCAAUGAUCCAAGACCUCACCGAGAUGCCGCAUGACGCCGCAUGACCUCGGCCCCAGUGCAGAGGGAGCGUUGUGAGAUCGACCUUGUCCAGGCAGGCAGCUCACCCGAGGUUGAGGUUGACGACGAGGUAGCAACACCAAAGAGAGAGCGGCCAGCCAGCAUAGCCAGCUGCCGCGUGUCCUGGCAUACCCCAGGAACCAGUGACUAAUUCUCAUCCAUUGUAAAUCUCCCAACAUGAAAAUUCACAGUGACUCUACUCUGUGUGCUUUAUUAAGCGACCUCUUACAGUAUUCUCCCCUAAAAGUAAACAAUAAUUAUAUAUGUGCAGUACAAACUAAUCGAAAACAAACAAUUGUGCAACACAUUAUGAUUAUGUAAAUUAGCAUGGGCGUUGUUUCUACUUUACAAAACGAGGUUGACAUUGGUAAGGUUGUGUUAGUUCCGAGAGCUGGAAAGUAGUUACUACAACAAGAAACUUCAUGUUCGACGUGGCCCCCAGAGUUGUGGUAGUGACUAUAUGCACAGCCUUCUGGCAACCGGAAAAAAAAAAUUAUGGGAAAAGACUAUAUUUCUCCCUGAGUUGAUGAGUUUUGAGGCCAUGACUAAACAGCACAAAGCAACAUUCUCUCCCAUCAUGUUACUUAUUUUUGAUGUUGGUCUUAUUUUGCGAUAACUCGGUUACUGAAACACAACUGGAACUCGUAUACAGAUUCUCGACUUGCAAAACUGUGUAAAGUGGAGAUGAUACUGUGUAACUGCCUCCUCAUACUCAACAACAUGGCCCAUAUCCAACACAAGUCAUACACAGAAUAUCAGAAGUGUAUGGGAGCGUAGUAAAGAUGUUGUGUAUUACGUAUACUUUGUAAAAAAUAUAAGAGGACUUUGAUAUAUUUUUUAUUUCCUUCAAGUGAUCUUACAUAUAUAUAUAUAUAUCCUUUGCUAUAUACUUUUAUAUAAUUUGUACCUAAAUUUGUUAUCGAUAUGUUUGUGUAUACAUAUUCCUGUAUAAAUAGGGAACUGAAAUCAGUUAUACAAAUUACUCUGUAUAGGAAUUAUACUGCAUAAGUCGACCAAUUGUAAAGAAUGUAUAUAUUGAGUUAUAGAAUGGAAUAAAAAGUUAAAAAAUUACAAAUAUCUUCAGUCGAAAAAAGUUUACCAGCGAAAAUUUAAAAAAUAACAAUACGUACUUUAUAAAAUAAUUACAAAUUUUAUUUUCAGAAUACAGGUUCAUCAAAAUUCAGCUCUGUACAGUACAUAAUUAAUCUCAUGCUAGGAAGACUAUGAAAUUUGGCUUUUGUAUAUUAUUAUUAUUAUUAUUAUUAUUAUAUUUUAUUUUGAAUAUGUUUCCCAUUUUCCUUGAGUCAUUAAGGUUUUUGUUUACAUUUAUGCAAUCCAUUUUAUUAUUGUUUGUAAAUCAGGCAAUUAUAACCAAGUGUUAUAUAUACAGCACACUUACCCAUAUUGAAAUGCUAAGUAAUUAUAGGAAAUAUCUUUCAUUUUAAUUCAUCUAUACAAUGUACUGUAUAUUGUAAAUUUGCUCCUUAGGGGAAUUUUUAUGCUAUUUUUGUAUCAUGUGAUUUUCCACGUGCAAUUUUAUUCACAUGAUUGUAUUUCAUGCAAUUUUAUUUUUCCUAUUUGAAAUUCGUAUUUUUAUGAUGUUUUUUGUUUCCUAUGUGAAGUUUUGUGCCUAGUCGGGCCUCAGUCAUGGCCAAGGUUUUUGUAUUUUGGUUCAAAUAAAUUUUCCAGUUA